CGCGCCGUCCCCACCGCGCACCGCAAGCGAAAUCGAGACUCGUUACGUCCUCCCAGCGACCGUAACGCCGAGAUGCUUCGCCCGUCCUCGAGAACCGAGGCGCGCAAGAAGGGCUUCAAGAAGGCCACGGACGCGGAUGAGGCGCGGCGGAAGCGCGAGGAGGGGAUGAUCCAGAUCCGCAAGGACAAGCGCGAAGAAGCGAUGCUGAAGAAGCGCAGGUUCGCAGACGGCAUGGGCGUGACCGCGGUGGGCGAAGACUCCUCCGCGACCACGUCCGUCGCGAGGCUCGAGAUGCUCCCCACGAUGUGUGAGGGCGUCAGGUCGCAAGACCCCGCCGCGCAGCUCGAGGCGACGACGCAGUUUCGGAAGCUCCUGUCCAUCGAGCGCGCGCCCCCGAUCGAGGAAGUCAUUCGCGCGGGCGUCGUCCCGUACUUUGUCGAGUUUCUCAAGCGCGAGGAAUUCCCGCAGCUGCAGUUCGAAGCCGCUUGGGCGCUGACGAACAUCGCGUCCGGGACGUCGGAGAACACCGGCGUCGUCAUCGACAGCGGCGCGGUGCCCAUUUUCGUCGCGUUGCUGCGGUCGCCGUCGGAUGACGUGCGCGAGCAAGCUGUGUGGGCGCUCGGGAACAUCGCGGGCGACUCCCCGAAGUGCCGCGACAUGGUCCUCUCCACGAACGCGCUCGGGCCGCUCUUGGAGCAGCUCAACGAGCACUCCAAGCUCACGAUGCUGCGGAACGCGACGUGGACGCUGUCCAACUUUUGCCGCGGGAAGCCGCAGCCGCAGUUUGACCAGCUCCGCGACGCGCUCCCGGCGCUCGCGAGACUGGUGCACAGCAGCGACGAGGAAGUCCUCACGGACGCGUGCUGGGCGCUGUCGUACCUCUCCGACGGCACGAACGAUAAGAUCCAGGCCGUGAUCGAGGCGGGCGUGUGCCGGAGGCUCGUCGAGCUCCUCGGCCGCCCGACGCCGAGCGUGUUGAUCCCGGCGUUGAGGACGGUGGGGAACAUCGUCACCGGCGACGACUACCAGACGCAGAUCAUCAUCAACUGCCGCGCGCUGCCGAGCCUCCUCGCGCUCCUCACCACGGAUCACAAGAAGUCGAUCAAGAAGGAAGCGUGCUGGACCAUCUCGAACAUCACCGCGGGGAACAAGGACCAGAUCCAGGCGAUCAUCGAGAGCAACAUCAUCCCGCCGCUCGUGUACUUGCUUCAGCACGCGGAGUUUGACAUCAAAAAAGAAGCCGCAUGGGCCAUCUCGAACGCGACGUCGGGGGGGACGCACCAGCAGAUCAAGUACCUCGUCGAACAAGGCGCGAUCAAGCCGCUGUGCGACCUCAUCGUGUGCUCGGACGCGCGCAUCGUCACCGUCGCGCUCGAGGGUUUGGAGAACAUCUUGAAGGUGGGCGAGGCGAUGAAAACCGAGGGGAGCCCGAACCAGUUCGCGCAGUUCAUCGACGAGGCGGACGGCCUGGAGAAGAUCGAGAACUUGCAGAACCACAACAACAACGACAUUUACGACAAGGCGAUGAAGAUCCUCGAGGAGUACUUCGGCCUCGAGGACGAGGAGGACCAGAACCUCGCGCCCGCGGCGGACGCGAACGCGGCGCAGUUUGCGUUUAACCCCCAGCCCGCCGCGCCGCAGGGCGGGUUUGACUUUUCCGGGAUGCAGUGAUUCUGCAUCUCCCGGACGUAUUGACUAACGGAACCUCCGCGGAGACGACGCGGGAGGGAUAGCUGACUUAACACAACUAGCGGGGUCGUCGACGACAUCGACGGCCCGACGACGUAGCCACUUAGAGCGAAAGCUACGAAUUUUUCAUGCAAAUAAUACGCGCACACGAUGUACUAU